AUGUCUUUCUUUUUGACACACACCGCCCGAACAUCAAGAGCACUCGUUCUCAGCAGCAACAGGAUGAUGACUCACAAGCCUUCUUCCUACCAUGCCAUGUUCCGACUCGGUCUUCUCUCAGUGACUGGUUCCACUGGUACAUUAAUUGAUCGAUCAUACUCGACUCGAGUCCACUCAACAACGACAUUGAAUCUUCAUCCCAAAUUCAAUCCUAAUGGAAUGAACAAUCAACAUUGUUCAUUUUCAACAUCUUUUAAAGAUACUACAAAAUCAAAGAAAACUUUCAAGUCCAAAACCAACAAGAGCACUGCCUCUUCUUUCAACAAGAACACGACUGCUCCCAACAACUCCAACAACAACUUUAAAUCCAACAACAACUUUAAAUCCAACAACAACUCUAACAAGAGCACGACUGUUCCCAACAAAUCCAACAGCAACAACAACUCUCACAACAACUCUAACAACUCCACUGUUCAAGUUGUUGUUGUUGGAGAAGAUGAUUCAACCAAAAAGUCUCCUCCAACCUACGAAGAGGCCGUGAAAAGAAAAAAUGAAAUUAUGGACACUCUUGAUUUUUACACCAAAAUGAAAAAAAAGAAUACUCCAGUGUCUCCUUCCACCGACAAGUCUCGAGGACCACUCUUUGAAGUCUAUCGGGAAGUUAAAUUUUUCUUAAAUGACAAUGAGCGUUAUCAUCUCGGAGUGGUUGGAGCUCUCUUAGAUAAAUUAGUGGACACAAUUCAACAAGUUGGAGAUGUUGAAACAGCAAGAACAUUAUUAAGUUUAUUGACCUCUCGAAUUGAUAAUUGUAAGAAUAUGGGUCUCUCUCCAGAAGUUGUGGUUAAGAAACUCAAAUUGAAACCAAAAAUUACAAAAUUACUACAAGUCAUUAUUACACAAGGUAAUGAUGUCGCUGGUGCUAUAGCCUUUUUACGUAAUUCAAAGAAUGAACAUGGUCAAACAGCACCAUACAUUGGAACAAGUGCAUUUACUGUUGUGUUGAAUGGACUUGUUGAUGAAAUUAAAGUGUUCAAACCUACUUGUGAACACAAUUCUGUUGUAAUGAAGAGAGCGAUGGAAUUAUUUAAUUGGAUGGAUGAGAGCGAUGAAGUUUUAGUACCACCUGAUGAAUAUACAUUUACAGCUCUCAUCAGAGGAUAUGCUUUGAUUUGUGAUAUGGGAAUGGCAAUGGAACUUUAUAAUCAAAUGUCUACUGAAUAUGGAAUGAAACCACCCGUAAUAACAAAAGAAAUUAUUAUUGAAGGUUAUAUCAAAGAAGGAAAUGUCGACAAAGCUUAUGAAUUUUUCAAAGAAAAUUGUACUGAAGAUUAUGAUGGUUAUUAUAAUACUCUAAUUGUUGGAUUUACUCAGGAUUCAAAACUAGACAAGGCAUAUGAAUUGGUUGAUGAAAUGAUCAGCAAGAAUGUUACCGUGUCCACAGCGACAUACAACUCUUUGUUGAUUGGAUUAGUUCGAUCUAAAAAUUAUACCCAACAAGAUAUUGAUGCUAUUUUGAAGAGUAUGGAAACACGCAAGUUGAUACCUAAUGCAAGGACCUUUUCAUUAAUAAUCAAAUGCUUAAUUCAACAAGGAAAGAUGAACGAAGCAAUCGAGUAUUAUGGCCAUCAUCCUGAGGCAGUUCCAGGAGCAAAAUUCAUAGCAGCAAGUUUAUUGAAAACUGGAAGAUUGGAAGAAGCUGAAAAUUUGAUGGAACAAAUGAUUUCUGCAUACAAGAAAUACAACUUUGUGGAGCCACACACCAUGUCCAGGACCAUUCAAUACUUGAUCAAAGUCAUGUUGUCCGUAGGAAGUGUUAAGAGAGCAAAUCAUUGGCGAAAAUUAUUGCCAAGAAUCACAAGCAGAGAUUAA